CUAUAAAUGCGCCACUGGCAUUCCUUAAAUCAGAGUAUUUAUGGUUCAAUAUUGAACACUACUUACGAAACUUGCGGAAAUGUCUGAUACAAGUAUAUCGCGAAACAAGAGAAGAAGAAUGCGAGAGAAGGAUCGCAUGAUUAUGCUGAACGAGGAGCUGGUUCAUUUGAGACAACAAAUGGCUGCAUUGAAAGAAGGAAGCAAUCGUUCGUCAACAGAGAUGGCAGAAUUGCGAUGCACAAACAAGAAACUUCUUGACAGUCUGUAUACCGAACAAGAAAAUUGUCAAGCACCAAGACAAGUAUCCGAGGUAAGAUGCUAAAGAUUCUUAAACAAAAUGAUAAAAGCCCUUGUGAUUCUUCGUUUGCUCUUAGAAAAUCAUACCUAUCUCUAAAAGUGGAUGGAACAGUAUUGUAAUGGAAAUGAUAAAAGAUUGAGAAAGAUAACGAUGAUUUUUAAGUUUAGGGCAAAAGGAAUGUAUUCUCAGAUGUCACUUUAACUGGAUACACUGGCUGGUAAAAGAAGCUUUUCUGAAAAUUGUAAAAAUUGUAUUUUAGAAACUGGCUGCCCCUCUUGAAGAAAUGGAUGCAUAUAUUUGCCAGUCAGCUACGACAAAGUAUUGCAUAUCAUUCAAAGACAAGGAGUCUGAAACGGAUGUUGAAUCUCAACCAGAUCUUCAGAUUUCCAACGACGAUGCAAAUGAAAAAGAAGAUUUGAAGGAAGAAAACAGCAGCCUCAAGGAAGCAAUCAAGGAGUUACAAAAGCAACUCGCUGACGAGAGAAAGAUGAACGAAGAUAACAAGAUACAAAUUGAGUCUUUGACAGGCAAAGCUAAAAUGUUUGAAUACCAUUCUACCCUUUUGGCUUACGAGCUCCACGAAAUGACGGUGGAUAGAAACUCUUUGCUGAAUGCAUUGGAAGGCAAGCACGAAAAGAUCAAGACCAUCGAAGCAAAGUGGAAGUCAAAAGUUAAAAAGAUGGCUGAUCAACAUGAAGUAAAACUCUACGAUGAGCAGGUCAAGAGUUAUCGACUGCGUGUGCAAAACAAAAAUCUCAAAGCUGAACUCGAUCAAGUGAAGAGCCAGCUGGAAGAUCAGAAGCUACAAUUGACAGUGACAAAUUUUCUAAAUGACAUUGUCAAUGACGUAGAAGGCGUUGUUAAACAUAAGGAAAGUGCGUCACUUAGAGAUUAUAUUCAGCAGCUGCAGUUUGAACUUGCUCAGGCAGAAAACGUGAAGAGGCUUCAACAACACAAAGAGGAGCAGGGAGUAGAGGAAUAUAAGAAGCUUUUUGAUCAAUAUCAAAUUGUUGAACAGCAGAACGAACUGCUUGAAGAAGACAACACACGGCUUAAGAAGAGAGUACUUGUGAUGCGCCAGGAAAAUACUGAGGCCCACAAAAAGUUCUUAGAGGAACAAACUGACCGAAGAACUGCGAAGAUGUUGUUCUUGGCACAAAUAAAGCAGCUUGAAGAGAACUGUACCAGUUUAAAAGAGGCGAAUACAGUUCUAUCUAAAGAUGGCCAACGUUUAAAAAGCGCCUUCGAGAGAAAGAAUCAAGACAACAAUGGACUGAUGGAAGUCAUCGAGGAGCUUAUGGAAAGAGUUGAGGAGAAAGAAAACAUCAUUGAGGAACUUCAAGCAAAGAAGCACAGAGGAUGUUUACGAAGAUUGCUUUGCUGGAGAUGAUCAGGAUGGGAAGAGGAACUCUUAUUAACGAAAUCAAUUGUAUUUGUGUUGCGGGAACAUUUUGAGAUAGUCAUUCUGCUUUUUUGUAAAUAUUAAAUCGGUUUUAAUGAUAUUGCUAUUGCAAAAAAAUCAGCUUUUAAUAACAGUCGUUUCUACGUUUUGGACACGAUAUGAAGAAGCCAUGCAUCGUGUUUAUAGAGAACAUUUGAUUUUGGUACUCACUGUUUCAAAUGAAACCUUAAAUGACAGGCAUGUUCAAAAAUGGAUACCGGGAAAUACCAAAUUGGUCAUUAUACACUAAAGUUGUAUUUUUCGUUGCAAUGAAUGAAUAUUUAGGAAAUAUUAAAAGUUUCUGUACCAGUACCCCAGAAACAAUAUUAGCAUGCAGCAAUGCACCAAUCAUUGAUCGAAUUUUCCCUUGUUUUCUCUCCUUCAAUGCCCCACGUUUAGCACCAAUUAGUUGUAAUAGGGGGUGUGAUGUGAAUGCAAACAUUGAUAAUAACCAAAACUAUUUCAUAUUUUCAUCUGCUUAUAUCGUGAAAAUAUGCUAAAAUACCAUCUGCUCAAUAAAUUAUUAUUCACGUGACGUGAAUUGAUCAUGUGACAGUUUGACAUGUGAUAUAAAACAAAGAAGCCAUCAUCUAACUACAAGGAUUGCUUAUUUUCAAUGGGGCAAGUUACAGAUUCGACAUUUUGGCGCUUGAGCUCCUGCCAAAAGUUUCACUUAGACCCCUUUUACACUAUCAUGGAUCCAAAUGGGUACGGAUCCAGUUUUGUUGGUGU